AUGUCCGUUGAUGAAAAUUGCAAUGCGUUUUUUUUUUUCUCGAGGGUAGUUAGAAAUAGACGUAGUUCACUGUAUUUCGACGUCAUCUUUUCUUGUGUGCCGGAACUGACUUAUAUUCCCACAGAAGCUUCAAGCCAGAAGCUUCCAAGGAAUGGAUCUGCCUCUUGGAAAGGGGUCUCCAGGCUGAAGUUUCCAAGGGGUUUGCAAGGAGUGUGUUGGAACGUAGUGGCGGCAACUUUCAACAGAGGGGAGUCUGCUACAACACACGGCGAUAGAUGCAAGGAGCAGCUAUUUCUAAUCUCGAUGAAAAUGAAACGCAAUGGAUGGCGAGGUAUUACGAAUGUAAGACUGUAUUCAAGAUUUAAUAAAAACGACAAAAAGGUAUUAUGUUGGGAAAAAUAA